AUGGAGCAGGUUCAUGGUGUUGAUGUCAGCUGGAUGACCCAUGGUGCUUCCAAAGGCAUGUUUCCCAGUCGCCACUCGCCCAGACUUCAAAACGCGCAUCGUGUCUAUUGUUCUGGCGCUUUAGACCAAGACCUAGAGCUAAUAUGGCGAACAGAUAAAGCAGCCAGGAAUUCACCGCCCACCAAAACUCCCUCAGCAGCUCUUCCAAGACAGAUCCCUGGCGCAAACUCUCGACCGAAGUCGCCGGCUUCGGCUCCCACAGAUAACGCCUCCGUAGACUCCAAUAUCUCGACCAAUGGCCAGUCCACGACUCCAAAUGGCUCCUCAGCUACAAAACGAAUUUCGCGCUCCAAUUCUAUAGAUAAACAGACCCCUCCUGGCACAUCGCCUCACCGUCGCAAUUCAUGGUUCUCCAAUAUCUCUGCCAAAUUCUCUUCCUCUAAUACACCACCAGCCGGUCCUCCUUCGCCAGCUCCCAUACCAGAGUCGUCGCCCGCGCCACCGGCAGACCCCGUCCCUCCCAAGCUGCCACAUACAAAGAACGCCGUGCUCCCCCAUGCUGCGAAACCCGAAGGCGAUGGCCCUUAUAUACCAGCUCCACCCAGGAGUGGACAGCCCGGCUUCCUGGGCAUGUUCCGGCGCCUGUCUUCUUCUAACAAUGGGGCUCUUUCACAAAGCGGAAAACUUGGCCAUGGUCUUGUCGACAGAGUGGUUCUGAAUGUCGACCAAAGCCGAGAAAGAUGUCCUAUAUCGGAGCUCUCUUGUGCCAAACUUAGAAGAGUCGCAUUCUGUGUGGACGUUGAGAUUGCGCCCCAGCCGAAAUAUGCUGACCACGAUUCUUCACUACCUAAAACGACCGACAAGACCCAGAAAAAGAAGUUGACUGAGAAGGGUGAGGGCGAGGCCCUGAAGAACCCAAAGGCUGUGGAAGAGCAGAAGGAAACCAACGGAGAAGUCAAGACUACAGGAGAAACAUUGCCAAAGGAACCUGAAAAGGAAGGGACUGAAGCACCUCAACAAGUUAGUGAAAUGGCCAAUGGCAGUCCAACUCCUGUGCCAGAGAAAAAGGAGGAAAACACCAAGAAGAAGGAAAAGAAGAAAAAGAGCGAGGAAGAACGAAAGGCCAGAAAGGAGAAGAAGCGAAAACUGGACGAAGCCAACGGAUCCAUUCCCAUGGAGAUCCAUUUUGACAGCAGUGAUGACUCGGCCAAAACAAAAACGCCGCCCAAUGGCCCCGAGACCAACAAGCCUCAGACGGUACCUACCACGAACCCUGUGCGAGUAUACCGAAGAUGCUGCCAGCUUCGCGAAACGCCAAUUCUGAAAAAGAUCACUGAGCAACUCACCGAUAUGGCCAACUACAAUGCCUCGACUGGCACGGUCAACAAACUUGAUCUAACAGAUUAUUGGCUCCAAUUACCAGAUCUCAUCACUCUCGGAGAUUAUCUUGCAAUCGUCCCUGUGAGGGAAAUACUUUUAGAGAACAGCGGGCUCGGCGACGAAGGUCUACGAGUUAUCCUAGCCGGUCUGCUGGCAGCCAAGAGACCAGCUGUUGUGAGGCGGCGGAAGCCCAAGCAUGACGAUGAGGAUCAAGGCGGCGUAGUAGAGCGACUUGUCCUGAAGAACAAUAAGAUAGGCCCUGAUGGAUGGAAGUAUCUCUCGCUUUUCAUCUAUUUAUGCCGAUCGCUUAAAUUCCUCGAUGUCUCUUACAUUCAAUUCCCACGCCAGCCUCAAUCACAGCAAAACGGUUCACUCAACAAUGGAGUUCAUAUACCUCGAAGCAUCUCGAGCAUCUUCUCCGCUGCUUUGGGAGAGCGACUGGGGGGGUCAACGCUCGAGUUAGUGAACAUUGGCCAAACGGGUUUGACAAUGGGGCAGCUUGGAACCAUCGUCAACGGCUUGAUUCAAUGUGGCGUGAAACGACUCGGUUUGUCGCACAACCAGAUCGAUGCAGAGGGCAUGAAACAUGUUGUCAAGUUCCUUACAGAGGGUCACUGCGAAGGUCUCGACCUGGGCGGCAAUGAUCUCAGCCAACACACUGAAGCCUUGGCAACAGCCAUCGAGAAUGAUACUACGCUCUGGGGACUCGGCAUGGCCGAUUGUAACUUGACGCCGUCCGCACUCUGCAAGAUCUUACCUGUGAUGGUCAAGCUACCGAAUUUGCGAUUCUUUGACUUGUCCCAGAACCCAUCAUUGUUCCAGUCCACCCCCAGCGCCGUUGGUCUGCUCAGGAGAUAUCUUCCCAAGAUGAAAGUGCUGAAACGAAUGCAUCUAGAAGAUGCUGCGAUGACGCCAGAACAAGCGAUCGCAAUAGUGGAAGUGCUCCCUGAGGUUAAAACGCUGGCACAUAUCAAUAUCACCAACAAUGCCGAGAUUGUCAAGCUUGCCGAUGCAAGCACAGAAGAAGCGCAAGAAGAAGCAUGUGCUCUUUAUGCGUCUCUACUUGCCGCGGCUCGUGUGUCCAAGAGUCUCAUUUGUGUGGAUAUCGAGGUUCCUAGUGAACAUGCUGGAGAGAUUGUCAAGGCCAUGGCUAAGCAAGUUGUUGCCUACUGCCUUCGUAACAUGGAACGACUUCCCGAUACUGACGCAGGUGCGGUUUUGGCAUCGACGCUUGCCGAGAACAACCUAGAGGCUGGCGAGAAUAAGUUGCCACCUUAUCCUGAUGUUCUCGCACAUCUCGUUGGACACGACGUCUUAGACCAAGACGAAAGUGACGACGAUGACGGUUCAGCGCCUGAUGAGGACUAUGUCAUCGGAGGUACUGGUGUGGUCAAGGCGCUUGCCUGUUGCCUGAAGAACCGUGGCGAUGAGUCACGGAGACAAUCAGGUGAAUUUAUUCGUGAGAUUGAGAACGGAGCAUCAAGCCCUGCGGCGAACUUGUCCACAGGCGGAAAGGCCAAGGACAUGUCAAAGCACCUAUUGAUGGGUGCACGCAAGAUCCGCCAACGUCUCCAGCCAGCGCUCAUCAAAGCAAGGGCAAAUCCUGAUGAUGAUCACAACCUCCGCAGACUAACCUUCCUCGACGACACAUUGCAAGGAAUUAUCAAACGUUUCGAAGACGAGUACCCGGAUACCCGCGAGGAUCCUGCAUUGCAAAGGCGCCCCCGUGCAGGGACAAAGGGGAGCGAAGAGUCGCCAACCACAUUGCCACUCGAGGAUUCCGCGUUGGCUUUGUCGGACAAUGAGGACGAAGGCGAAAUCACGGGAGGCAAGCCACUGUCGAGGUCCAACUCUAUGGCCAAAAUAUUGGUUGAGGAAGAAGGCCGAAUCCUCCGUGCCGGUCAUCGCUUUCGUGCCGGCCUCAUUAAGGAGGAGCAGAUUGACCUCCUCAGCACAAUCGAUGAUAUCGGAUCUGAUCCCAAACACGUCAGGAUGCUUGUUGAACUGGCUGAGGAUCUCGGUGGAGAAAUCUGGGAAUUAGUCAAGGAGAAGGGUCCCGUGAGGGCUUUCAAGGAGGAUCGAGAUAUUGCUUUCAAGUGCAUGGAGGCGAGCGAUCCAGAGCACUGGGCUCGAUUCGCUGAGGCGCAGUACAAGUCUCGUGCGAACAUUAGCAUUCCAUCAGCAGCGAAGCAGGGAGAGGUGGCGGACGAGAGCGCAGUUGCUGAUUGA